AUGUUGGAUUUUCUAAUCUACUGCGGUAAACAAAUUGAGGGAAACACAGACCUAAGUGCUACAGAAAGAAUCGUUGACACACUUAUUCAACCAUUUCUUGUCUUGUCAAAGUUUAUUGAUAACUACUACACAUCUCCGUUCCUUGUAGACUACUUGCUAAAAAGAGACAUGUACACCGUAGGUACGGUACAAACAAAGCAGAAGAACUUUCCAGAAGAGCUUGCUGAGCACAGAAUAGAGAAAGGCAAAGCAUUAUUUUAUGCUGACAAGUUUUGCAAUAUACUAGCCUGUAAAUUCCGUUGGAAGAAAGAUAAGGCAAAUGGCAAGCCGAUGAUUAUACAUAUGUUGUCGUCAAAGCAUACAUAUGGUAUUGAAUCCUCCGGGGGAAAGGACAGGGAUAACAGCGACAUAAUAAAGUUGACAGUAAUUUUGAAUUAUAAUCAGAAAAUGGGAGGCGUGGAUGUGACAGAUCAACAAUUGCAUGGUAUUCAAACAACAAGGAAAUCAUACAAAUGGAGCACCAAAGUGACCAUAAGAAUAAUCAUGCUUUGUACCCUAAACUGUACAAAAUGGAUGCUAAUCCAUCAACGGCUUAUGCGAAAUAUCUAA